AUGAGCGACGAGGAGGAGGACGACCUUGGCAUCAAGCCGGGUACCGUCAUAGAUUCAAGCAAAUCAAACUAUGUCGUCAUCACAUUACUCGGUGAAGGUGGAUUUGGAGCUGUUUACAAAGUUCAUGAUCAAAAAGAUGAAACGAAGAUCUAUGCGAUGAAGGUGGAGAAGAAACUAGAAACGAGAAGACACUCCAAAUUGAAAAUGGAAGUGAGUCAACGAUGA